AUGCAAUUAUACACAGCUCUUCUCUUCCUAAGCCUUUUGGCUGUUGGGUUUAGUAAGCAAGUGAACCAAGAUACGGCACAUGAGGAGCCGAAGGGAGCAGUCACCGAGGAAGAACAAAAGGGGGAAAAUACCGAUUCCUCCGAUAAAAACCAAAACAAGCGCGGGCUGUUUGGUCUAGAGGGCGACUUCGGUCAAGAUAUUUUUAGCGGUGGUUACGGUGGUCACCACCAAUCGAUUGGACAUGAAUUAGGCGGCAUCCAGGAAUCAAACGAUGGCCACGAGUUCAGUGGCUACGACUUCGCCGGACACGAGAUCAGUAGCGGUCAAGAACAAGGUCCACAUCAUAUCGAACCCCAUCACGAUCAUCAUAGUCAUAGUAAAAUAAAGCAGAUCACAAUUGAAAAAACGGUAAAGGUGCCGUACCCGGUCGAAAAGCAUGUGCCCGUGCCAGUCGAGAAGGAAGUACGGUAUCCUGUUAAGGUGCCCGUGCCUGCUCCAUACCCAGUAGAGAAAAAGAUUCCCGUUCCGGUAAAGGUCCCUGUCAAAGUCCCAGUCCAUAUACCCGCGCCAUACCCCGUCGAGAAAAAAGUCUAUUACCCAGUCCAUGUACCUGUCGACCGUCCAGUGCCACACAAGGUUUAUAUUCCUGCACCUUACCCCGUCGAAAAGAAAAUCCACUAUACGGUAAAGGUUCCAGUACCCCAGCCCUAUCCAAUAUAUAAGCACAUACAUUACCCCGUGAAGAUUCAAGUUCAUGUACCGCAACCUUACCCCGUGAUAAAGAAUAUCCCGGUGCCGGUAAAGGUGCACGUGGAUAAACCAGUUCCAUACCACGUUGAAAAGCCGUAUCCCGUCCCAGUGGAGAAGAAGGUGCCGUACCCGGUGGAGAAGGUCAUUCACUACCCAGUGAAGAUUCACGUCGACAAGCCCAUACCAGUCCCCGUCGAAAAGCCUGUGCCGUAUGAGGUUAAGGUUCCCGUGCCCGCCCCAUAUCCCGUUGAGAAGAAAGUACCCUAUCCAGUGGAAAAGGAGGUACCGUAUCCAGUAAAGGUACCAGUAGAUAGGCCGGUACCCAUUCACAUAGAGAAGAAGGUCCCGUAUACGGUUCACAAGCCCGUGCCUUACCCAGUUAAAGUACCGGUACCUGUACCUGUGCAUGACCACCAUCACCACUACCACGAGAACCAUCACGGGCAUAACGAGGCUGGUGAGCAGUAUGAUGCCUCGAGCUACGGCGAGGAGUACUCAGGGAAUUCUCAGCAGUCCGAGCACCCCGGAUAUUGAGAAGGGCUAAUAGCCGGGCUACCUCACCUAUGACGGAACUCAACGAUUUAUUUGUAUUUAUAUUCUUUGAUAAAACGAUCGAGUCAUCGAGAGAAGCUUCUCGUAUUCAAUCAAAAUACUAAAUUUUCUAGGGAUUUCAUUAGGUAUAAUGGCUUGUUCCAAAGGGUUGUUGAGUAAGCCAUGCAACGGAGAACAGUAUUUAAAACCCAAUUUAUGGGGGUAUGAUGUUUAUGUUAUUAAACGGCACGAGAUAUUCUGAUAAAUCAGAAUUUAGAACGCUCUAGUUAGUAAAACAAAAUAAUAUGUCGAUCAAUGGAUU